GUUAUGACUAUCCACAGCCUGCCCGUUGAAAUCCUUGAAAAAAUUUUCCAUAUCUGCUUUCGAGAAGCCGAAAAACCUCUCAUACUUCCUGAUCCUUAUGGCCCAUUGGAAACGUCGACCCAGAACCACUUUCACGCUGCUGCGAACGCAUUUCCUCCUCCGCACGUGUGCACAUUCUGGCGAAACAUCUGCAGCUCUUCCCCAAAGUUCAACCCUACUCUCUCUUUGCACUACAGACAUGGCGACGACAAUAAGAAGUUGUCAGUAGUGUCGUAUUCCUCUCGGCUCUGUGCGUUUCUCAGACUCACUGCACCACAUCCAAUAUCUAUCUCCUUCCAAAUCUCCACGAAAGAUCAAUAUGGAGGGAACUAUCUUCAUGAGUGGUAUAGCUCCGAGGAGAUGGUGCUUGCCAUAGGUGGAACUUCAGGUCUUAUACACAUCCUUGAACACCAUCAUCGUUGGAAAUCAGCUACAAUCUCAAUUCCCUAUCCCAUUAUCCCGGUUUUCUUCCCCGAAGAUAUGGUCUUCCCUAACCUCAAAAAGCUUGAUGUCCAUAUAUCUUCCUCUUCGAAUGACAGGCCUGAUGAGCCUGGCCGGAAAUUAUUUGGACCUCACUGUACUCCCAAUCUCUGUGUGACGACAUUCCAACAAGAUCAUGCAUGGGACUUGACAUUGCGCUGGAGAAGUAGUAGUCUCAUACAAAUCAUCAUACUCUAUAGCGUCUAUAUCGAAUGUGAUGAUUUGCGUGCUUUCAAAGAAUGCAACAGCCUCCAUACCAUCCACUUUAGCUCUUGUACCAUGUUGCCAUCAUUCAACGAUGUUCCAUCCGUCCAACCCAUUAUACUUCUUCCUAAUGUCAACACCGUCUCUUGUACAUGGACACUCCCUAACUGCUAUAUCAAAUUCACACCGCUUUCAUUCCUCGCUCUCCCCAAACUUCGAAACUUGCAACUUCAAUGGAACGAGGGACUGGAGCUAGAAGUGAUCAAGUUGUUCGAGCGCUCUUCGUUCAAGCUCGAGACGCUGACCCUUAUCCAAGCGCAGCGAGGCGUUUAUAGGCCGCCCACAGAGCAGUUCGUCUCUUUGAUGACGCGCUUCUCUGAGGCAGAUUUGAUCAAUCAGAGCCUCGUUGGACUGGAAUUAAAUCACACUGAUGCGAAAUGGGAUGUGAAUGAAUUUAGGGAAAUCAUGGAGGUAUUAUCUCUCGGUGAAAGAAGUCCAUCAAGUGGUUCUGGUGAUACACAGAAUGCUGGGGGUCUCAAUGAAAUUUCUCAAAUUCCUCAUUUUGACCGGUUUCCCUUCUUGAAGCAGUUGACUAUAGCUGCGUAUACGAUACCUGAUCAUUCAGCAUUCACUGCGAUGCUUAAAUCCCGUCGUCGUCAAUCACCACCAUCCAGCCUCAUUUCUAAAGGGCAGCAUUCGUCCACAUUGCUUCAAAAUUCACCUCGAGAUAGCGUCGGUUUAGAGAUUCUGCGACUUCGAUGUUCAAAGUCGGCAUUCCUUGAAAAACAAGAGUUACUGAACCACCUUGAAACCUUUUCGGACGAGGGGCUAAAGCUCUUUUACGACCCCUGGGUGGGAGUUUCACGGAAGAAUCUGACUCUUUGGAGUCAUCCUAGUUACGAAUUGAAUUGAUUUUCUGAGAGCCAAUCCAUCAUGAUUGAGACAGAACAUACAUAAUUCAUCAGUAAAACCAGUGCCACCAAUGUUUAUACCGAGAACGGACCCGGACUCCCUGGGUGGGCCCGUGGUGGAGAUGGAUUGGUUCAAGUGUGAUGAUACUUCAGGAUAUGGUGUCUUGACACCAACUUGAAUGGGAUGACAAUGUACACCAAUACUCUAUGCAAGUGAAAAUGCCUACUGAUAAAUUCUGCAACGGAAGGAUAUAAAGUUAGCGAUAGUAGCAAGCAGUGGUUUUCAGAGUACAUUUACUGAUAGAAAUUUU